UCAUCAACUCGUCAAAAGGCGUGCAGUGCCUGCACCAAAGCCAAACGGCGGUGCGACUUGCGUCACCCCGCCUGUCGCCGAUGCGUUGUGAAAGGAAUCGAAUGCUUCUACUCUUCAACGCGACUCCAUGAUCGUUCCAGCAAUCAAUCUCAGGCCCUGGGAGCAGACCAGACAGCUGUUUCGCUGAGGCGGCCUGUAGACGAUGUUUUUCUUGAUUCUGUAAAUUUCGCUUUACCCUCGCCAAUGGCGUCGGUCACAAGCUCGUAUUCUGAUCCAUAUGACGCAAUCGCAAGCCCGAAUCAAUUCUUCUUGUCGCCGCAGUCGUGGCUCGUAGUGAAAUUCACCAGAGCAGCGCCGCGCGAAGACUAUAGGGUUCCGGAUAUGCAACACAGCAUCCAACAGAUUCUGCGCUGGCUCAAGGAGUGGGUUAGGGAUGGAAGCACGAUGUUCAUCCACAAGCAACUGUAUCAAGACCACUUACCGAAGUGUAUUCAAGACGCAUACAUGGCCUGUGCGACUUAUUUCUCCAGUACAGAUAAUAAUAGAGGCAUGGUGAUGCGAAUUCUAGAGGAGAGAGUAUCGAUGCUUCUAGACGAGCAAGCCGCACAAGCCGAAUUGUUCGAAUUACCUCAUCUAGAGGACGGCAGCAGCAGCAGCAAUACUAGUGGCAUACCUGUAUUCGGCGUAUCUGAGCAUUUAGCUCGCGUCCAAGCCCUGCUGGUAUAUCAGGUUCUCCGGCUAUUCUCGCCCGACGACCAACAGCGCGAAAAGGCCGAGGACGUGAUUCCGACGUUAAAGCUGUGGAGUAUGCAAAUGCUCGAAUGUGCCUUGCUAUCGAGCGAGUAUGUCCGCUCCGCGCCUAAACAGCUUACCAGUAUUCACGAAGCGCCGUUCGAAAAGAAACGGCAGUCAGAAUGGCAGGCGUGGAUUCUCGCUGAAAGUGUGCGACGUACGUGGCUUGUUGCAGGACAUGCGCAGUGCAUUUAUAGUCUUUUACAAUACGGUAUUUCGCUAUGCCCUGGGGGGUUGAUGUUUACGACGCGCGCGGGACUGUGGGAAGCAGAGUCGGCGGCGGAAUGGUGGGAGAGAAGUCGACAGAAGGAUGUGUUGUUUUUACAGAGUCUGGAGACGGAGAAGCACUUGUUAGAGCACAAUAAACCUGAAGAGAUUGAUGAUUUUGGACAGUUUAUUGUAAAGAUUAUCGCGAAACGGAAGAAUGUUGAGAGUUGGUUGUCG